GUACCCCCCUCGCGAGAGCGCCGAGCACUCCGGCCUGGGAAGCGCGUGCAGAAGCGGAGGUGCUGUUCAUGGGACUUGUCGGCCGCCGUAGCCCCUGCUAGGACAGCCCGUGCGAGCCUGCUGGAGGAGGAAGAGAAAGGCAGAGAGAGUCGGGUUACAAGAUGGCGGAUCUGUAGUAGUUACUGCGGCGGCGGCGGCGGCGGGAGAGCGAGCGAGCCCUGUGGGGCAAAGGGACGGGAGGGUGGGUGUAUGCAGGGUUGAAGUGAGAGGUAACUAGGCCUCCGGGCGGAGGGUCUCAGUGGCUCUUGUCACCCCUUCUCGCGGCUGAACCUUUGAAGCCAUGGUGAAUUCGGGCCUCUCUGGAGCCGCCGCCGCCACCGCCACUACCGCGUCUACCGUCUCCCAAGAGUGAGGGGCGCGGACUAGGUGAGCGAGGAGGCGGCGGCUGGAGCGGUGGAGACAGCAGCCACCAUGUCGGAUACGCGGCGGCGAGUGAAGGUCUAUACCCUGAACGAAGACCGGCAAUGGGACGACCGAGGCACCGGGCACGUCUCCUCCACUUACGUGGAGGAGCUCAAGGGGAUGUCGCUGCUCGUUCGGGCAGAGUCCGACGGAUCACUACUCUUGGAAUCAAAGAUAAAUCCAAAUACUGCAUAUCAGAAACAACAGGAUACAUUAAUUGUUUGGUCAGAAGCAGAGAACUAUGAUUUGGCUCUGAGUUUUCAGGAAAAAGCUGGCUGUGAUGAGAUCUGGGAAAAAAUUUGUCAGGUUCAAGGUAAAGACCCAUCAGUGGAAGUCACACAGGACCUCAUUGAUGAAUCUGAAGAAGAACGAUUUGAAGAAAUGCCUGAAACUAGUCAUCUGAUUGACCUGCCCACAUGUGAACUCAAUAAACUUGAAGAGAUUGCUGACUUAGUUACCUCAGUGCUCUCCUCACCUAUCCGUAGGGAAAAGCUGGCUCUCGCCUUGGAAAAUGAAGGCUAUAUUAAAAAACUACUGCAGCUGUUCCAAGCUUGUGAGAACCUAGAAAACACUGAAGGCUUACACCAUUUGUAUGAAAUUAUUAGAGGAAUCUUAUUCCUAAAUAAGGCAACUCUUUUUGAGGUAAUGUUUUCUGAUGAGUGUAUCAUGGAUGUCGUGGGAUGCCUUGAAUAUGACCCUGCUUUGGCUCAGCCAAAAAGACAUAGAGAAUUCUUGACCAAAACUGCAAAGUUUAAGGAAGUUAUACCAAUAACAGACUCUGAACUAAGGCAAAAAAUACAUCAGACUUACAGGGUACAGUACAUUCAGGACAUCAUUUUGCCCACACCAUCUGUUUUUGAAGAGAAUUUUCUUUCUACUCUUACGUCUUUUAUUUUCUUCAACAAAGUUGAGAUAGUCAGCAUGUUGCAGGAAGAUGAGAAGUUUUUGUCUGAAGUUUUUGCACAAUUAACAGAUGAGGCUACAGAUGAUGAUAAACGGCGUGAAUUGGUUAAUUUUUUCAAGGAAUUUUGUGCGUUUUCUCAGACAUUACAACCUCAAAACAGGGAUGCAUUUUUCAAAACAUUGGCAAAAUUGGGAAUUCUUCCUGCUCUUGAAAUUGUAAUGGGCAUGGAUGAUUUGCAAGUCAGAUCAGCUGCUACAGAUAUAUUUUCUUAUCUAGUAGAAUUUAGUCCAUCUAUGGUCCGAGAAUUUGUAAUGCAAGAAGCUCAGCAGAGUGAUGACGAUAUUCUUCUUAUUAAUGUGGUAAUUGAACAAAUGAUCUGUGAUACUGAUCCUGAGCUAGGAGGCGCUGUUCAGUUAAUGGGACUUCUUCGUACUCUGAUUGAUCCAGAGAACAUGCUGGCUACAACUAAUAAAACUGAAAAAAGUGAAUUUCUAAAUUUCUUCUACAACCAUUGUAUGCAUGUUCUCACAGCACCACUUUUGACCAAUACUUCAGAAGACAAAUGUGAAAAGGAUUUUUUUUUAAAACAUUACAGAUAUAGUUGGAGUUUCGUAUGUACCCCUUCACAUUCCCAUUCCCAUUCUACCCCCUCUUCCUCCAUCUCUCAAGAUAAUAUAGUUGGAUCAAACAAAAACAACACAAUUUGCCCUGAUAAUUAUCAAACAGCACAGCUACUUGCCUUAAUUUUAGAGUUACUCACAUUUUGUGUGGAACAUCACACAUAUCACAUUAAAAACUAUAUUAUGAACAAGGACUUGCUAAGAAGAGUCUUGGUCUUGAUGAAUUCAAAGCACACUUUUCUGGCCUUGUGUGCUCUUCGCUUUAUGAGGCGGAUAAUUGGACUUAAAGAUGAAUUUUAUAAUCGUUACAUCACCAAGGGAAAUCUUUUUGAGCCAGUUAUAAAUGCACUUCUGGAUAAUGGAACUCGGUACAAUCUAUUGAAUUCAGCUGUUAUUGAGUUGUUUGAAUUUAUAAGAGUGGAAGAUAUCAAGUCUCUUACUGCACAUAUAGUUGAAAACUUUUAUAAAGCACUUGAAUCGAUUGAAUAUGUUCAGACAUUCAAAGGAUUGAAGACUAAAUAUGAGCAAGAAAAAGACAGACAAAAUCAGAAACUGAACAGUGUACCAUCUAUAUUGCGUAGUAACAGAUUUCGCAGAGAUGCAAAAGCCUUGGAAGAAGAUGAAGAAAUGUGGUUUAAUGAAGAUGAAGAAGAGGAAGGAAAAGUGGUUGUGGCGCCAGCGGAAAAAUCUAAACCAGAAGAUGAUUUUCCAGAUAAUUAUGAAAAGUUUAUGGAGACUAAAAAAGCAAAAGAAAGUGAAGACAAGGAAAACCUUCCCAAAAGGACAUCUCCUGGUGGCUUCAAAUUUACUUUCUCCCACUCUGCCAGUGCUGCUAAUGGAACAAACAGUAAAUCUGUAGUGGCUCAGACACUGCCAGCCACUUCUAAUGGAUCCUCUUCCAAAACCACAAACUUGGCUACGUCAGUAACAGCCACCAAGGACUGUGGGAGGCCAAGGCAGGAGGAUCGCUUGAGCCCAGGAGUCCAAGACCAGUCUGGGCAACAAGGGAAGUUUGGUUGGCUUAGUGGAUUAUCCAGAUGAUGAAGAGGAAGAUGAAGAAGAAGAAACAUCCCCCAGGAAAAGACCUCGUCUUGGCUCAUAAAAUAUUUAUUAGGAGACCCUCAACAUGUGGUCUUAAAAUGCUGCAACUGUUCAAUGAGCUGUAAAUCCGAAUCAGAAAGCUUUCUCAAUUGAACUUAGAAAAUAUACAAGGAGUAGCAAAAGACACUCAAUAUAUCAGCUAAGGGAGUUUAGUUCUAAUAAAAAAACAGGCUUCCCAGGAACUUCAUUGCUUGCUAGUAAUUAAGGGGUUUGCCUUUUAGGCUGUCAAAACAAACGUUAGUAACCAGAACCUGGGAGACAGAUUCUCAGCAAGGAAAAGUCACAGGUUUUGGGAUGGUUUAGGGGAGGGGAAAAGGUUGAUAUAAUAAUGCAGGGUUGCUCCUCGGGGUAUUGAUCUAAAAACAAUUUUAUAGAACUUCAGUUGUAAACUCAAUAACAUUACUUGUAUAAUGGUGCUGGCCAUGUUGUUGUUUUAAUCAGUUGCCUCUUUUUAAAAGAAAUUUUUAUGGAAAACACAUUCAACUGUCAUUAAAAAAAUGAAGUUAAGCUGUUGGGACCAUUUAUUUAAGAUUUAACAAAAGUUCAGCCUUUUAGGUAGUUGAAGGGAAGUACACCCCAUAUUCAGCACAUGUUGAAUUUUCUACACCAGGAAUUUUCAAUAUGUAUAUUGAUGAAAACAAGCUCAAUUCAAACUGGACAGUUUUAAGCUAAUGUUAAAAUCAGCACUUUUAGAGACAAUGAAGGCCAAGAAUCAGUACAGUAGUAUUCCAAAAUGAUUUUCUCUAGAAAUUUGAAAGUGGAUAGAACAGAAUGUUUUCAACCACCUACCAGUACAAUCUUUUGUGGAAGAUACUUUGAAAUCACUUUUUGCUUUGUUAGUAAAGUUUUCUCUCUUUCCAGAGCUGCAAGUUUUAAAGUGUUACUUAUACAGACCAACAAAGAAUAGUGCUGAAUUAAGUGGCAUUUGGUAUCUAGAAGCCAUUUUGAUCCAAGAAGCGACUUGUGAAAGUCAGCAUGCAGCACAUGUAGCUUUUCUGUAAACAAGGGUGUGAUAUGAAAGCUGCUUUUUUAAGAAGAGUAAAAGCACAUUCCAUGUACGUAAGUGAAUUUUAAAAUUAAAUUGAGGCAAACAGUUACGUUUUAUUUUUAGAGCAACAAGUUAACUGUACAUAUUUUAAUGUUAGUUUGCUCAUCUAUGAUCUGAGAUCAUGCCGAAGUGAGAAAAAUGUCCCCAAAAUACAAUUUAAUGCAUUGGGAAAAAAAAAUUUUUAAUAGUAAUUCCAGCCACAAUCUUUAGAUCACCCUUGUAAUGUGUUAUGGGUCCAUUUUUCCUGGAAUAGUUUAAUCUGAAGCAGUUUCCCCUGUUUUGGAGAUUUUGUAGUUAAUUUUAAUUUUGGCUAUUGUUUGGAAAAGAUGAGCUGUCUGUGUAGAUAUGAAGUAUAGUUUUUCCAUAAAACAGAUGUUUAUUUUGUAUUAAAAAUACCACUGUACUUGUUUUACACCAUUUGUAUACAUGUGGUGAUAUUAAUGCUAAACUGUAAAAUUCAGGAAUUAAAAUGUGACCCUGUAAUUCCAUAA